ACUUUUCGAUAAUUUUCCCGUACCCACUACUCUUGUACAAGAUGGAGUACUUCGUUGCUAUUGUCCCGCACACGAAGUGGGUUUAGCAACGCUCCAGGUAGCUUGUAAUGGCUGUGUGAUAUCAAACUCUGUGAUAUUUGAAUACAAAUUACCAUCUCGCGAAGAACAAGUAACGUUGUUAGAGCCCAAAGUUGAGAAAUCGAACGACAAUUUGCUUAAAUUCACGUUACUACAGAGACUAGAGGCAAUGGAUGAUCGACUUCACAUAAAACAGGAACCCACUGAUGGAUCUGACCAUGUUGAAGAUACUGUGCUUUUUAUGCAGCCUAAUUUUGAAGAUCGAUUAGUAUCAUACUGCCAAACGAUGACUUCACGGGUAUGGCAAUAUGGAGAAGAACUUAGUGUCUCAUGGUUCGCAAGUCACCGAGGUAUGACGUUGCUGCAUUUGGCAGCUUCUUUAGGCUAUUCUAGGCUCGUUUGUGCCCUACUCCACUGGAGGGCAGAAAACUCAUCAUUGUUGUUAGAAACAGAAGUUGAUGCUCUAAGUCAGGACGAAGAUGGAAACACACCUCUGAUGUGGGCAUGCAGUAAAGGUCACACGGAAACAGCUGUAAUGCUUUACAGAUGGAAUCAUACGGCUCUUAAUAUUAAAAAUUCGUCAUUGCAAACGCCACUUGAAGUUGCAAAAUCAAAUCGUCAUAUAGCGCUUGUGAAAGAGUUAGAAAAAUUGGAAGCUAGAAGGGAAAAAGCAAAUUUGAUUUUGCAUUCAAGUAUCGCAUCAGCAGACAACCCGAGUCCUCCAACUAUUUCUCCUGCCAGUUCGAUAACUUCCAUAGCUUCUGCAGUUUCUAAUAGUAAAUCGCACGAUGGAGUCUUUUUGAAACCUGGAAUAAUGACAAGUUCACUAAUGUCUGACUCGAACCUUCAAAGCCGAAAUUCGAUUGGCGGAGGGUUAGUCAAACGCCCUUCCAUUGAUAGUGGAAUCAACAUGACUUCUUCCGAUAAUUCUCCAUUACUUCGACCAAAAAGUACCAGAAGCAAAGAGUGUUUAAAGUUAACCAGAUUUGAUAGAAGUAUGUCAUUACCAAUUUGUUCACCUUUAUCUAGCCAGGAUGGGUCUUAUGACAACGAAACCCUAGAAACUUCUAAAUCACGUAAAAUGGAUUUUGCUUUGUGCGAAGCGGGUAGUGAACCCCGAAGCAAUAGUCCCCUAAUUGACGUGGAAGCAGUGUCUGAUGAUGACUCGGACACCCGAAAUAGUGCCGUAGGUCAGUGUGAUGUCUAACUAAUUGUCACUAAUACUUAUCUAACUGUUGUUUGUCGGUGUUGCUCCACUACUACUCUGAUUACUCAAACUGUUGUCGAUGUUAUUAUUGGUGUUUUCUUGUUUACAUUAUCUUUAUAACUCCACUAACCCUUAAAUAUGUUUUUAUGAGUACAGGGU